UUUACCCAGUUAAACCAUAGGUUAUAACGUUAUUAAAAUUCCCGACUCUCAUAUCUAUAAAAGUAGAAAGGUAGCGAUUAUAAGUAUAAUUUGCGUUUAAGUUACUUUUGGAGUUCUUUUGUUGAUUUUUAAGUGUAAUUAACGUGUCUAAGAUUAUUAUUAACACUAACAAUAAUAUUAAAUAAUGGACGAUGAAGCCAGCUCUGAUUUACAGAAAUGUUUAUCAGAUGGCCAAAUGGAUACCGACGAAGGUCCACUAAUCAAUGAAAAUUCGAAUGGUUUGUCACAUUUAUUGACUGACGGGGAAUUCAGUGUUGACGCUGUGGUUGUUGACGAGUCGUCUGCGUCGAAUCAGGCUUUUCUUAACGCGGUAGAACUGUCGGCGGGCAGCGUUGGCGAUUAUUUAGAUAAUAAUACGGUGGGCUUUAACACCGAUUCUUUCGAUGUCGGCGACAAUGCUGUCAACUUCCCCAGCGAUUCUAUGAAUAACGUGCUUUCUGACGGAGACACUCGUUUGAGUGAUACGUUCAAAACUACCUCUGAUACUGAUUUAGAUCUCUCAGAGGCACCGAAGACUGAAACAGAGCCACCUAGUGAGCCAGAUUUAAAUAAUGAGAUAGAAAGUGAAGCAAUUUCUGCUUCUUCUGAGGAUGUGAUAAAACAUAACGACAUUACUAUGGAGACGACGCAAGAUAACAAUGACGAAAUAACAAAUGAUAUUCCUGAGAAAGUCAAUUCAUCAGAAGAUGAAUCUUCCAAGCAAUUAGAAAAAAAGAGUUCAGAAGAUGAAAUUUUAUUUAGCAAUAAUAAAAUACCUGAUAUGCAGGAAAAUGUUACAAGAGAAAAAGAAGUUAAAUUAGAAGAUAGUGCAGCUUCCAAAAUUGACUUAAACGAAAAUACUGAAGAACAACAACAAUUCACCAAAUUACAACCUGAUAUUGAAAAAGAGGAAAAUAAAAAGGUGGGUGGUGCAGAAGAAACGGAAGUGGUGUCUGAAGAUGAACUACCAGCAGUUCAAAAGCCAAGUGUAAAAGAUGCAGAAAAUGUCUCUGAUGAUGAGUUACCUGGACCCAAACCGGCAGAACUACCGGCCGAUACAGAGGUUGUGUCUGAAGAUGAACUGCCAGCAUCAAAGAAGGAAUCUCGAAAACGAAAAACUGGAGAAGAAAGAGAUGGAUAUGACCCUGGUUCUCCAACAUCUGAGGGUGAAUCAGCGGGAAAAAAACAGGCAGUAGCUAAGAAUGGCGAAAGCAAACCAGUGCCUUCUGAAAAGAGGUCAUCAGUCGAUGAAAAACCCAAAAAGAAGGCUCUCCCAGAACUUGACAAAUACUGGAAGGUUGUCAAUGAUGACCCAACAGACUUUACAGGAUGGACAUAUUUGCUACAAUAUGUUGAUCAAGAAAGCGACGUGGAGGCGGCGCGGGAGGCCUACGACGCCUUCUUGUCGCACUACCCCUACUGCUACGGCUACUGGCGCAAAUACGCUGACUAUGAAAAGCGUAAAGGAAGUAAAAAGAAGUGUCUCGAGGUGUUGGAAAGGGGGCUUAAAGCUAUUCCGCUAUCGGUCGACCUUUGGAUUCACUAUCUCAAUCACGUUAAGUCGACGAGGACCGAAGACCACGUCUACAUUCGGUCGCAGUACGAGCGGGCCAUAGAGGCUUGCGGUCUGGAGUUCCGCUCGGAUCGUCUUUGGGAGUCGUAUAUCAAGUGGGAAGCCGAGAACGGCUCUGCUUUGCAAGUCACCAACAUCUACGAUCGAUUGCUAUCCACGCCAACUCUCGGUUACACUUCGCAUUUCGACAACUUCCAGGAGCAUGUGAUGUCGGAACCCGUGUCGGGGGCAGUGUCCCGCGCGGAGCUCGUGCGCCUGCGCGGGGAGGUGCGCGACGCCGCGCCCACGCAGCCCUCCCUCGACCUGCCGCCCGGGGAGGACGAGCCGCUCGACCACGUCGCAUCCGAAGAGGAGGCGCAGGCGAUAAAGGAACGCAUUAUUGCCGCGCGUAGGAAAAUACACAAAGCGACCGGCGAGGAGGUCGCCGCCAGGUGGACAUUCGAAGAGGGGAUAAAGCGUCCCUAUUUUCACGUGAAGCCAUUAGAAAGAUGUCAGUUGAAAAAUUGGAAAGCAUACCUAGAAUGGGAGAAGCAAAACGGUUCACUCAAGAGAGCAUUAGUACUACACGAGCGCUGCUUGAUCGCGUGUGCCCUUUAUGAAGAGUUUUGGAUGCGGUUGAUAAAGUUCCUAGAGGAGCGUAUUCCGUCUGACCCCGAGCUGGUGGCCGUGGAGCGCGAAGUGCUGGAGCGAGCGUGCGGCGUUCACCAUCUGGACAAACCUGACCUGCACCUGCACUGGGCCCAGUUUGAGGAAGCGCAGGGGAACGCCGGUCGUGCCGCUGAAAUACUCGAGCGCAUAGAGAAAACAUGCCCUAACCUUGUGCAGAUUCAAUAUAGGCGGAUAAACCUAGAACGUCGUCGCGGUGACUACGACAAGUGUAUUCAGUUAUAUGAAGCUUACAUAUCUUCAGCUAAGAAUAAAUCGGUAGCUUCGGCAAUGGCGAUUAAAUACGCACGUUUCCUGUUUCACGUGAAGCAGGACAAACUCGCCGCCAGAAAGGCUCUCAAUGACGCGAUCGCAAAGGAUCCCUUGAACGCUCGUUUGCAUAUGCAGCGUUUGGAUUUAGCUCUCCAUACGCCCGACACGCCGUACGAGGAACUCGAAGAAUUGGUGAUGAGUUACGAGAAGCAGGAGGGUGCGGAAGUGGAGACGUGCGCGGCGCUGGCGGUGCGACGGCGCGAGCUGGCCGAGGAGCUCGGGCCCGUGGCGGCCGCGCGCGCCGCGCACCUGCACGCGCGCGCCGCGCACAAGCACCUUCGCAAGCGAGCGCGCGCCAACAAGCACGACGCGCCGGCGCACCACCAGGCUUCGACCGAUGGUUCCAAGAAGAAGGAGAGCUGCACGACGACGCCGAGCACCGCUACGACGAGCAGCACCAGUACGUACUAUCAGACUCAGGCGGCGACCGCUCAGUCGUACGACCAGUCGUACGCGCAGCCCUACACGCCGCCCUGGGGCUACCAGCAGCCGCCGGGCCCAUAUCAGCACCAUCCGCAUCCCUGGCCGCAAUAUCCUAACUACUACUAGCGACGCCAGACUCUACGAACUUUGUUAUGUCUAGCGAUUACACUCAAGUGUAUUUCUCAUUACGCCACCGUAUUUUAUAUCUUUAUUAAUGACUUAAUCAUAAGUAUGAAAGAUUACUUAAAUUGUAAACAAAAAUUUUAUUUGAAUAUAUUAAAAGCUGAUUUCUAUAGAUGUAUUUACAAUAGCCUUUCUCGGUUUACAAUUAACUCGAUAGUUUUGCUGUCUGAAAAUAUUACUGUACUUGCUAGUACUACAUUCAUCACUUCAUUUGGCAACGCCGGACGAAGAUUUUGAUGAAUAUCUUAAUCAUGUGCUAACUCGUACAAUUAUACGACGGUUUAUGUCCAUGUGUAAGCCGCACUUAUUAAAAUGUAUUAUAUAAAUACUCGGCGCUUAUUUCCUAAAUUAAAUGAAACGAAAUUAAUGUAGUGGCUGUUAAACAGAUAUAAUAGGUAAAUAAAAUGAUAAUAGGGAGAUGUAAUGUUUUUCAAUAAAAUACUUUUUCUAAUUUGCUAAUUACACGAAAUAUUUUAAAAUAAGCUAUGUGUCACGUGUUAUAGAUUCCAAAUAAAACAUGAAUGAAAUUA